AUGAAUUUUGUAUCUGUACUAGCAGAUUACAAUGCGUUUGUAUGUGUGUCAGCAGAUUCUAGUAGUGGCGGUGCUUUUGGAGUGUCUGUGUUUGAGGCAGCUGUGAAGCAUGGGAACAAGUUUGCUUAUCUUCAGUCUUGGUCUACAAACGAAGCUGUGGUGAUUUUGGUGGUGGAGGUACAGGUUUUGGAGGAGGAUGAGAAGGUAGUGGUGGUGGCCAACAGCGGUUCAUGUGUGUAUGUUGAAAGUAUUGAGAUGCUUUCCAGUUUAAACAUCCCCUGGGUUAUUCUCAACCUCUUUGAAAGAAGUGCUUUGCUAAAUGAAUCAAAUGAGUUCUUUAGAAAGAAAGUUGCAUAUGCACUUUCUCAAGGAUUUAAGGUGAUUGCUGGUGUCAGUGAGACUCUUGAAUAA